AUUCAUUCUUCCCCUUCUUCCAUUGCCUCUUACCUGUUUGAUGAUUUUCCCCAAAGAGUUUUAGAAGCUUGUCAUUGUGUUAUGGAACUCACAGAGUUGUCCUUGGCCUCCAACCAAUGUGUUCCAGCUGAAAAAACAUGCAAUUUCAGUUCAUCAUCUGAUCAGGAUGGGUUUGAUUUUCCUUCGAAGAAGAGGAAGCUUUUCCCGGAUCAGUUCCUCGAUGUCGGUUCGCCGUAUCAAACCAGCGUUGAUCUUCAAGUUAAAGACCCUCUGCCAUUGGACUGGGAACAAUGCCUUGAUCUUGAAUCAGGUAGAAUGUACUACAUGAACAGGAAAACCUUGAAAAAGACAUGGAGUUGGCCAAAAGAUCAGAAACUCAACCUCGAGCUCAACAUUUCGCCGACGAACUCCGAUGUCUCGGAACAUUUCAACGGUGGUUCGGUGUCGGUCGAAGACUCCGACUACAAGCACCAACAACAUUCUUCGAGCACCACUAACAUGGUGGCUUUGCCAUGCUUGAAUUGCCAUCUUCUUGUCAUUCUCUCCAAAUCUUCCCCUGCUUGCCCCAACUGCAAGUAUGUCCACUCUCUUCCUACAUUGCAAGCCACCAAGUCUACCAGCACCUUGAGCCUCUUAAACUAAGACAACUGUGUUGAACCCGGGUCUAGCUCGUGUUAAACCCGAGUUUAGCCAGUGUCGAACCCGGGUUUAGCAAGUCUAACAUCGAAAUCUCAACAUCUGUAAUCAUUUUCCUUAUCGCGGGUUAUGACUUUUAGGCAAAAAAAAUUAUAUAAAAAAGGGAACUUUGGAAGAACUUGUAAUGUUUAGUUCAAUAUUAGGCUUCAAGGCUGUACUCAAUAACAGUAAAUAUAAUCUUUCCCUUUUCAUG